UUUUACUUUUUUCCCUUUCUCUGCUCAAAGACUGAAACCGAGUUCGACAUCUCUGGAUCAGUGGAUCGAUGUUUCUGAACUCAAAGUGAGCUGUAAUUCGUCGAAGAUUCUCGUCUUAUAGACGAACAAAGGAAGAUAUAACAGUGAUUCCGUGGCAGAUCUGUGAUUAUUUGAGCUUAGAAGGAUCGGGACAGAGUACAAGAGUCUUUGAAGGGAGAUAAGAAGGAAAGUUUUUUCGGAUUUUCGUUGUAGAUCUGGUGGGGAAAUGGUGGUGAGGUUGGUCUCACGACCUAUUCAUAGGAAGGAUCCGCCAUGGCGGAGGAUCCAGUUGAUUUGAGUUUGCUUGGGAGGAAGAAGACUUGAGUUUGAAGGGUUAGUUGUGAGAUUCUCUGUGCUUGGUGAUGGCUACUGUACAGAAACUGUCGGCGACGAGUCUUAGUACAACGGCUAGUAGCUAUGGGUCUUGUAAGGUUGAUACUGCUGCAACGGAUCAGUUUCCUGUUGGUUUGAGAGUGCUUGUUGUGGACGAUGACACAACCUGUUUGAGGAUUUUGGAGCAGAUGCUUCGGAAAUGCAUGUAUCGUGUUACAACUUGCUCCCAGGCUACUAUUGCUUUAAACCUACUUCGGGAAAGAAAAGGUUCUUUUGAUGUGGUAAUAAGUGAUGUUUAUAUGCCUGAUAUGGAUGGAUUUAAGCUCCUUGAACAUGUUGGGCUAGAGAUGGACCUACCUGUUAUUAUGAUGUCUUCUGAUGCGAGAACAAGUGCUGUGAUGAAAGGCAUCAAACAUGGGGCUUGUGAUUAUUUGAUUAAGCCCGUACGCUUAGAAGAGCUGAAGAAUAUAUGGCAGCAUGUUGUCAGGAAAAAGUGGAAUGAGACUAAAGAACAUGAACAAUCUGGUAGUGCAGAAGAAAAUGAUCGACAUAAACGAGGAGGGGAUGAUGCUGACUAUGCUUCUUCCAUUAAUGAGGGAACAGAUGGAAGUUGGAAAGGUCAGAAAAAGAGGAGGGAUGCUAAAGAUGAUGAAGAUGAGGGUGAAUUGGACAAUGAUGACCCGGGUACAUCAAAGAAACCCCGUGUAGUGUGGUCAGUGGAACUGCAUCAGCAAUUUGUCAGUGCUGUGAAUCAGCUUGGAAUUGAUAAGGCUGUUCCCAAGAGAAUUCUUGAAUUGAUGAAUGUUCCAGGUUUAACUAGAGAAAAUGUUGCAAGCCAUUUGCAGAAAUUCAGACUAUAUUUAAAGAGGUUAAGUGGAGUAGCUCAGCAACAAGGGGGGAUUUCCAAUUCAUUCUGUGGACCUGUGGAAUCAAAUGCAAAACUUGGUUCACUAGGCAGACUUGAUAUCCAAGCAUUGGCUGCCUCUGGCCAAAUCCCUCCUCAGACACUGGCUGCUUUGCAGGCUGAGCUUUUUGGUCGACCAACAGGUGGCCUGGUGUUGCCAGCAAUGGACCAACCAGUUCUUCUUCAAGCAUCAUUACAAGGACCGAAAUGCAUUCCAGUUGAACGUGGUGUGGCGUUCGGUCAACCCUUAAUAAAAUGUCAAUCGAACAUAGCCAAACAGUUUCCUCCAUCCAACAUUUCUGUCGAGGAUAUUCCUUCUGGGUUUGGAACCUGGACACCUAAUUCUCUUGGUUCUGUUGGUCCUUCGGGCAAUUUUGGGGGGCUAAACAGUCAGAACAAUAAUAUGUUGAUGCAAAUACUACAGCAGCAGCAACCACAACAGGGUGUGCUACCUGAACCCAGCCACACAAUUAAUGUUCAGCCUUCUUGCCUUGUUGUCCCCUCCCAAUCAUCAACCAGUUAUCAGGCAGGAAGCAGUACUGUUCCCCUCAAUCAGAGCUCUAACAUUAAUAGCAGUGCCAUUAUUGAUUACAGCUUGCUUUCUUCUCAACCCAAUAACGUCUCAUUGGGUAUUGGACAAGUAAUUGAUGGGGAUCUCAAAAGUACUGGUGUACUUAAUGGGUAUACAAUUCCAACUUCCAUUUCCCCGUCAGUGCCAUCUUGUGCAGUCCGAGCUGACAACUGCACAAGUUGGCAAGUUCAAAACCCGGCUGUAUCUUUUAGUACUGCCAGCCAAUUGCCAGGGUUUGUCCCUAAUCCAUGUGAGAUUCAGCGCUCUUAUGACACAAAAGCAGCUCCAUUGCCAGAUCAAGGGCCUGGUAGGAAUCUUGGAUUUGUUGGUAAAGGUACUUCCAUUCCAAGCCGGUUUGCAGUAGAUGAUAUUGAAUUGCCAACAAGCAACUCAAGCCAUGGAAAGCUGUAUAUGGACAACACUGGAGACAGAGUGAAGCAAGAACUCAAUUUCGAUUUUAUGGAGAACCCAAAAGUGGGUGUCCCUGUAUUGCAACAUUUUUCGCCUAAUGAUCUCAUGAGUGUUCUCUCCAAAUAGAUUCAGGGUAUUGUCUUUCGUGCCGAGAAGGUGCUUCAAAUUCCUUGGAGAAUGUCGUAUGAUGAUUGCCUCCAAAGAGUGGGAAGAACCUUGUGUAUGUGUAUUAUUCUUAGCAUAGGUUCUCUAGGUAAAUUAUCCUGCUUGCCUGAAGACCCCACCACCUGCUCCCAGAUGCAGAGGUAAGAACUCUGAUUUCUCUGCUUGUGGCCUGAGAUAAACAAAUUUCAAAGAGAAGUUUCUUUGUAUGAUAAUUUGUUUCUUUGCUUGGAGCAGGUAUUAUUUGGUGUCAUUUAAGUAUUAUUCCCUUUUAACUAAUUGGAAAAAUAAGUUGUGUCAA